ACAAAGGAAAAAGAUGAGAAAAAUGAGAGAAAAAUUCGGGGGCCUUUUUUCAAUCGAUGAAAUCGGAUCCUCGUUGAGUUUCCGAAUUUAUAGAAAUUCAAUAAUUCUCAUUCGGGAGUACAACCUGUCGGCAAUAUCGGCGGAGUUAAGGGUGGCCGGAGAAGAGGAUCUAAAACGACACCCAACCCCCAAUUGUAUUUUUGAACAAGUGACGAGAAACGCAGGCGCUGCAACGAUCAAUAAACACACGAAGUCGAGGGCAAGAUAACAGUAGCUUACAGGUUCGCAGAUAGUAAGCGUAUUUUUUGAAAAAAUAAAAAGCAGGCACCGGCUCAACUUGUGAGGCUGCAAAGCAGCUCCUGCAGCAUGCAACCGCCUCCAAGAAAAGGAAAUUAUGCAAAGUUUCUCAAAAAUGUACACGCAGAACAGGCCGCGAAAUUGCAGGCCAAGAAUCAACACGAGUGCGACCUGUUGGAGGAUAUCCGUAAUUUCACCAUAAAAAAGUCAGCCAUUGAAAAAUCCUACUCGGAGGCGUUGCUGAAGAUAUCCUCGGCAUAUCUAAACAAGAAGAUUCCAAACAUUCCUGACAUUAAGAUCGAUGGAGCGGAGGAAAAAUGGAAUAUGUGGAAUGUCUGGAGAACUGUUCUGGAGGAAAACGAGAAACUUGCUCGGGCUCGACUCGCUGCCGUGGAGGUUUUUCAGCAACAAAUUGCUGACGAUGCCAAGGUCCUGCGAAUGCACAAGCUUCAAAUUUCCAAGAAGGCCAUCGAUCAAUUAAUGAUAGUACAAAAGGAGCUGCAAACGUGUGUGCAAGAUGUGGAUAAGACGAAAAAAUUGUACUUUGAUGAAGAGCAUUGUGCGCGGGACGUUCGUGACAAAGCAAAGGAUAUUGAGGAAAAACUCAAGAAAAAGAAGGGUUCCUUUUUUCAAUCUAUCACAACAUUGCAAAAGAACAGUGCCAAGGUGAGUUCAAAACGAGAUGCUUUAGAGGAGAAAUCGACAGGAGCUCGUAACGAUUAUUUGUUGAGUUUGGCUUCUGCAAAUGCGCAUCAGAACAGAUAUUUUGCAAUCGAUUUGCAAAAUACAAUGCAGUAUUUAGAGCAAGGUGUAUACGACAAAGUAGCCGAAUAUUUGACACUUAUGGGCCGUACAGAACUUUUAACUUGUAUGGCAAAGCAAAAUAGUUAUGGAAUAAUUCGCGACCAAGCACAACAGCUAACUAGGGAAUACAAUAUUAAAUGUUGUUGCUUGUAUUAUCCUGUAUUGAAGCAACACAUUCAAUAUGAAUACGAGGCAUGCGACAACGACCCCUUUGACAAAGUGACUGCCGAUCAUUCAGCUGCAUCAUCCUUAGGAAAAGAAGCUCGUCGUUGGGCAACGAGAAUAGCUCGAGAAGUUGGUAGUAUUAGAGAAAAUAAUAGAAAAUUACAAGUUCUUUAUCAACUUAAAGAAUCGGGACAAAAGACCGAUCCGAAUGAUCCGAACGGCCCCGACAUUGACACCAAGAUAGAUGACAUGAAGCACAAUGUUCGACGUGCCGAGACGGCAAAAAUGAAAGCAGAAGCCAGAUUAGAAUGUCUUCGUAGUGGAGGAGUUAACGUAGAUGAAUUCAUGCAAGAAGUGGAAACGUUGAACGUUCAAGACAUCCCCCGGUCAGCGAGUUCACUCUCCGUACGCACAGACGCUUCCGGAACUGCGGAGCAUCCAUCAUCGGAUUCAUUCUACGAUAGUGACGGCGAUGCUGGAAGUGAUUUAACAACUGUCGAGAGACCAGGAAGUACGCACACUUCCGCGCAGCAAGAUGAAGAUAUUAUCGAAGACAGACAGAGGCACGAUAGUUCGGAAGUUAAUGCUCUAUUAGAACAAGAACAGCAACGAAUAGAAGAUAUUACUGCUGGUUGGGAUGAUCCGGCAAAUCUAGACUGGAGCAAGUUGGAUGAAGAUGAAUCGGCCACAACACAAGAUUCAGCCGAUGUGCCUUCUAAUCAACAAAUUUUCAAGUGCACAGCUCUUUACUCGUACAAUGCACAAAAUCCGGAUGAAUUGACUAUAGUUGAAAGUGAACAAUUAGAAGUAGUUGGCGAGGGCGAUGGCGACGGAUGGUUGAGAGCUCGAAAUUAUCGAGGCGAGGAGGGAUUUGUACCGCAAAACUAUCUUGACGUCGAAAGAGAGCCCGAGACACAAAGUAGUCUUGUUUCACAUGGACCAGGAUUGGUGCAGCAAAUUUCGUUUUCAUCCGUUGAUUACACAAUUGACGAUCACGACGCUGUUGAUCCUGAUGCACACAUACAGACAACUGCUCAAGAUUCGUUUGUACAAAAUCAUAUAGGUACUGAAGAAGAAUUUUGCAUUGCUCUGUAUGACUAUGAUGCUACUUGUGACGAGGAACUCACUUUCGUCGAAGGCGAAAUUAUCAAAGUAUUGAGAAAAGAACCACACGACGUUGAUGACGGUUGGUGGGAAGGUGAAUUACGAGAUCAAAAAGGCCUAUUUCCAUCUUUAGUCGUAGAACCUUGCGCCCCAGAUGGAUCACCUUUGUCGGCAUUAGAAGACGAUGAUGAAACACCGCCAACUAGUUUUGCACCUCCCCCCGAACACACACCACCUGAAAUUCCGGACUACAUUUUAACCGAUGAAUUCGAAAACUCGGAAUUGAAUGAUUCAGGAGGCGAUCAACCAGUUUUUGUAAGUGAGAGAUCAGGCUUCGCAAUAAAUCUCACGAGGAAUCAGAAAGAGCAAUACGUUAUGCAAUUCGAUGACGAUGAGAAGGUCGAAGCUCCGGGAAUAACAGUAGAGGAAGCUAAAGAAGAAUCAAAUACUACAGUCGAAAAGACAAAAAAGAAGGCAGCGAAGAAAAGCGAAGACUCAAAUAAUAUUGGUCUCGGAGUAGCACAAAUUGUCAUUACAGCUGCGACUCCAAUGGAGGAAAUCGAGCAUCCUUUCCCCGGCGAAGACAAGGCGGACAAGGGCGACGAGGAAAAGGACACAGAAAAAGAAACCGUACAAGAAAAGAUCGUGGAAGCCAAAGAAGAAAAAGUUGAAGAAGAAAAAGUCGAAAGCGAAGUUAAACCAGACGAACCAAAACCACCAGAUGUCGACGAAAUCGAAGAAAAAGUCGACGAUCUACCAGCAGAUUCGGGACCAUUUCCGGUGAGCAGCAGUUCAGGUAGCGAUGGCGCCGAGUCCAUAUCCGGACCAAGUACCGCGGAAAAUUCCCAAUCACUACCAGCGCGCGCUGCUGUCGUCGAAACCGAAGCACAACCCGAAACUGAAACCGCCGAAUCGCCGGAUAUAAUACCAAACAAAAUGCUAGUUGGCGGGAGAGCGAGUAUUCCCGACGAAUUACAACCUGAUCAACUGGAGAAGCUACAAAGCCUAAAAGAGUCUAACGCCUAGGAUUGACAGAACCUCGGAGAAAUUGACUGUUACGCCUUAACAGAUAAAUGGGCUCUUCCAAUAAAUCAUCGGAACAAAUUCCAACAUCUCUUGGAAUUUUGGAAUUCUCCAGAGGUCAUCAUUGCGAAAAAAGACUAAUCUUGCUAAAAAAAAAUAAACUGACAACAACUGGAUAUUUUUAUGUUGAUAUUAUUAUGUACACAAUUUUUGCUAGGCAAUUAACUUCUAGUAAAACUACCUAAGUAAGUUGCGAUUUUUGCAACAAGAUUUACAAAAGCAAUUAUGUACAGCCAUAGGGUAACAAAAAAAAUAUAUAUAUUAUACAUAUUAAAAACAAAACGACUCGUCGAUACCUGUAAUAGCGGAACUUGCGUCGUUCAUGUAAAUUAUAGAGAAUUACAAGAAUGUUGCAUGGAAAUGAA